GCACGGGCGCCCCGGUGCCUCCCGGCCGGGCCCGACGGGCGGCGGCCGGGCGGGCGCGGACCGGAAGUUGCGCUGGCGGCGGAGCCGUUACCGCAGCGUGCCGGAAGUGGCCGUGGGCCGGCGUCCGGGCCGCGCCCGCAGUGAGCAGCGCCUCUGCGGCCGGCGACGCCAUGGAGCCCGGGGCGGCCGAGCUGUACGACCAGGCCCUGCUGGGCAUCCUGCAGCACGUGGGCAACGUCCAGGACUUCCUGCGCGUGCUCUUCGGCUUCCUCUACCGCAAGACCGACUUCUACCGCCUGCUGCGCCACCCGUCCGACCGCAUGGGCUUCCCGCCCGGGGCGGCGCAGGCCCUGGUGCUGCAGGUAUUCACAGCCUUUGACCACAUGGCCCGUCAGGACGACGAGAAGAGGAGGAAGGAGCUGGAGGAGAAGGCCAGGAGGAAGGAGGCAGAGGAGGCUGUGGUGGCCGCCGCCGAGCAAGAGCCAGUCCCAGUCCCGGGACAGGAGGUGGAGGUCGGCCCCGGCGCAGACUCGGGCGGGCCUCAGGGACCACCGGGCCCACGGGGUGCCGGGCCGGAGGUGGCCCCCAGCUCGGGGGAGGCAGAGCCUCCGGGAGCUCAGGCGGGUGCCGCCGAACUUCCGAAGGAACCCCCAGGUCUUCCCAAGAGGCAGGAGCAGUUCCAGAGAAACCCCGACAGCUACAACGGUGCCGUGCGUGAGAACUACACCUGGUCGCAGGACUACACCGACCUGGAGCUCAAGGUGCCGGUGCCCAAGCACGUGGUGAAGGGCAGGCAGGUCUCGGUGGCCCUGAGCAGCAGCUCCAUCCGGGUGGCUGUGCUGGAGGAGGGUGGGGAGCACGUCCUCAUGGAAGGGAAGUUCACCCACAAGGUCAACACGGAGAGCUCUCUCUGGAGCCUGGAGCCUGGCAAGUGCGUCCUGAGGAGCUCCUGCGGGGUCAUCCCCAGAGCAUGGCUGUGCUUGCCAGCGACCUGGUUACAUCUGAGGCAGAACCACAUAAGUGACAAAUUGGAAGGCAGGUUGAAUUUCACAGAUGUCCUACUGGAGGAUGCAGAGUUAAUAGAUCCAAACAGACCGGCUUAUUUGACAAAGGGGAUCUCAGCUGGCUGAGCUCCUUGGGGCUGCAGAAGCCAAGCCACUUGCUCUGACGCUCCCAUUCCUGGCGUCCUCAGUGGCUCCUUCCCCCUCCUCGGGGCCCUCGCACCCGGUCUGGCAGGGGGUGCCCAACCAGGGUCUGGUGAGAGAGUGCAGUCAACAGGAACAGACCAGGUCUGUGGACAGAACUCAGCAUUUUACACAGACCCAUUCUUCACAUGUGCCCAGAAGGAAGGAGGAAGAAUGUUCCAGUUUCAUGUUCGCAGGAUGGGCACCAGUGGGCCAGCCUGUGUGCGCUGACCGGAGGGCUUGGCUUGAGAGGGGUCUGUCGUGUGGGCUGCUAGGGCGCACUCACGGGGCCGUCUGUGUGAUGGGGACACCGGCUUGUGGGGCACAGGCCAAGCUCACCCAGCUCUUGUUCUCAACCUUGCUUUGCACCCCCCUGCUCUUCCGAGGUUCCUGCUCCUCUCCGUGGGAUUGUGACCGUUGUCAUCCUGGGGCUCAGCCCCUCUUCCCAUCACGCUGUGCCUCCCUGUCCCCCAGUGCACCUGAGCCAUUCCCCACUCUCCGGCCCCAUUGCAGAAUGCCUUCCUGGUCGUGGCCUUACUGGUGCUUCACGGGGCUGUGGGAGGUAAAGUCAGGGUCUCCUCACCACCACCACCCCCAGCCUCCCAGCAGCUCAUCCUGUGCCGGUGGAGCUGUGAGAGCCUGCGGACAGCGUGGGGGGGUGGCCCUCGAGCAGCGCCCCAGCGGGAGUCCCACCCGGGAAGCACGCAGUCUGCCUGACGCCCCCGCCAGGAUGUGUGUGCCCGCAUCCCUGCGUGGACAGGUUGGCCGAGGGCUCGCUGGUGCUCUGAGGGCUCCCAGCCGCUGCCCUGGCGUCCGUCAGGGUUAUCGCCCGUGUAGUUUCCGUGUCCGCUGUGGAAACGUGAUCCCUGAGCUCGUCUUAUGGGGGCUUCAGUUGGUAGCCGUGACUGACAUCCUCACAGCCACGUUGCCUUUUUGUGUGUUCUGUGUGCGAGUGCUUGAACACGGCUGUGGCUCGUGGCAGACUGGUAACUCCUUGUCAUAGGCUGCCAUUUGUGAGCACGCUCAGGGCCCCUUUAACUCUCCAAAGCUCGUCCAUGGGACGUGACUCGCCCGAGGCGGAGCCCCACGCCUGCCCCAGAGCCCGCCGGCUCCCUGCCUCUCCGCCUCCCAGCUGCGGGGUGCCCUGGAGGGGGUGGGGGGGGAGCAUGUGUGCAGCCUGUGGGAGGCCUCCCUCCCGUCCGCCCGCACCAUGCCCGCUGCCAUUGACUUUCCUAGUUUGCCUUUGCCACGCCCCUGCCGCUCGGUGAGUUCAGCUGUGCAGAGCUGGCCGCGGGCGGAGGUGCACUUGGCGCUGCCCGUGAACAUGGCUUCUGGGAGUUUUCCCGCUGAACCCCUGCCAGCCAGGUCCGUGUGGGAGCCCUUGGGUCCGUGGGUGCCGGACGAGUACUGCCCGCAGUGCUCGGGGCGGCUUGACCAUCAGCAGCUGGUGUUACGUGGGGAAGGCUCUCGCACGCCCUCCCCUGAGCUCACCCGUUGGCACAGCCAGCGUGCCCUGCCCAUGGGGUGUGGGGCUUCCCCCUGCCUCCCCUCCCGACCACGGGCCAUGUUCUGGGCGUCGCGGUUCAUGUGACGUUUGGGGUCACGUAUAUCUGAGAUGAUACUGCAGCCGAGUGAGUGCAUUGCCAUGACGCAUGAAGACCCUGGUCGCCUUUGCUGCUGGGGGCACACACCACGUCCCUUGGGCCUCCGCUCCGCUCGGCACUGCCUGGCUCGGGUAGUCCCAUCGGCUGCACGGGAACUGCAUUUCUGACCCUUAGGGUGAGGCUGAAAGCCUUGGCUGGUCCAGCCCCAGACGUCUGUAGGUUGCUGACGGUUCAGGGCCAGGCCCUGUGCUGGGCACCAGGGCGACUGAGGAACACGGUCAAGGGCGCACGUCCCAAGGGUUGCAGAGGGCCAGAAAGGGCUUCAGUGUCCUCGCCAGAGCCUGGAACCUGCGAAUGGGACCUUACGAGAGAGCGAGAGGGCGGUUGGAGACAGAGGAGGACACACAGGCAGGAGGAGUGACGUGAAGACAGGCAGACGCUGGGGAGACACAGCCACAGCCGGUCCCCGGAGACCUCCGGAGGGAGCCCAGCCCUGCAGCACCUGUCGGCCUCCAGACGGAGAGAAUCAAGGCCCCUGGCUGCCCCAGGGCACCAGGACAGGCCCUGAGGGGUGAGACUGCUCUGAGGGCCUCAUGGACCAUGAGGGGCGACCCCACAGCUGCCUGUCACCUCCCCAGAGUCCUUGGUCUGCGCCUGACCUCCCAGCGGGUGAUGCCACUGGCUUCCCAGCCCCCGUCGUCCCCUGAGGGCGUGCGCCUCAGACGCGCCCAGCAGGCGUUCAGAGCGGGCAGGGGUGGCAGCUAAAACCGGAUGACAGCUCUUACCUCCCUCCCUCCCACACUCGAGAGUGUUAAACGAGGCUCCUUGUCUCUCAGGCAGGCUCCUUUCUCGGCUAAGAGACGGGGAGUCAGCGCCUCCCCCAUGCCAUGCUGUCCCAGAGGUGCACCGGCGCCCUGUCCCUGCCCCGCCCCCCCCCCCCCCCCCCCCCCCGCGGUGCUGACGGCCCCCUCUGCCGGGGCGAAGUGUUCCUGGGCUGGUCCCUGCCCAGCUUAGCGCUCCCCCGAGUGUGUGCGUGCGGGCUGUGCCCCCGCAUCCUCUCCUGGAGUUCAGUUCUCAGCAGCCGGGAGUUGCAGGCUCACCGUAGUCCUUGGCCAUCUGCCAGGGGACGCUGUCCUGCGCCCUGUGUGUGUGCGGCCAGGUCCUCGUGUGGCUGCCAGCGCGGGCUUGCCGACCCAAACUCACCCUGGCUGCCCUGCCCGCGCUCCUUGCUCUGUCCCUCUCCAUGUGCUGAUGAGGAUGUGUGUUUCCCGCGGAGUCACAGCGCAUCCUCCAUCCCAGCUGCGGGCUCCAUAACCUCAGUGUUCUGGCAAAUGCCGGAAGCCUGGAAGCCAGUCUGUGGAAUGGCCUUUGGCGCUCUCAUCUCCCAGGACCCUGGGCGUUUCUUGGGACGGUCAGCACUGUGGCGCUGUCCCUGGGCAGUCCCUGAGUCCCAGCAGGGAGGAGUUGUGGCUCUGGGGGGCGAGCGGCAGGAAGGUGCCGGGCACUACCAGUGGACUAUGCUCCCAGGGGACACAGGGUCGUCCCUCCGUCCUGGGGCGAGGCGAGCACAGACAGGGUUCCCCACCGGCACAGCCACGCCCCGGCCCUGUUCUGUCCGGCCCACACAGUGCUCUGACCUCUGAGCUUAAAAAGCUCGUUGACGGCACAAAACACCAGGCGCUUGCCCGUCGUCCUGCUGCGCCUGGUUGGCUCCGGGGUCGGUGGUUGGAUGCAGACCCAUGUCCUUCCGGAGGUGCCUGCAGGGAGCAGGUCCCACCGUCUGCCUCGUGGCCAGCACCGUCCUCAGCUCUCAUGGUGUCCCCCUCGUCAGGCAAAAGGCCACCCUGCUUGGAUGUGGUUCUGCCAGGCAGGGGGGAGGGGGACAGAGGCUGCUGAGUCGUCGUCGGAGGGGAGGCAGAGGCUGCUGAGUCAUCGCACAGGUUGUGCGGGUGCUGAGCUCACUCACGCGGGGUUGGAAGUUUCUGCGAGGACGCUUUGGGAAACUGAUUUGAGUUCUGGGAUCACGUCGAUGUGAGGGUCCUGGAGGGAGGCCAGGUAAGGUGGGCGGCGAGUUAGGAUACUCUCAACACCUGCGUAAUGAGGGAUGGGAUUGAGCGGGAGCCACCAAGAUUUUGGGCACCCGGGAGUGGGUGCUGACGGCGGUUAAAUGGCUCCACCGUGGGGGAGGAGGGCCCUGCCGCCAUUGUGGGGAAACGGGCUCAGGGAGGAAGCCGGUGGAUGUGGUGGAGUGACACCCUGGACGGGGCACGGCGUCACCUGUGCAGUACGCUCUUGGGGGCGCCUUCCUGAGCUUAAUCAGGAGGAAACAAGACGAACCCCAGAUGAAGAACGGUCUUUAAGUACGAGGCCAUGGAAUGUUCCAGAUGAGCGGGGACAGGACCACUAAGGUGCAUUUGGGACCCCAGCCUGGAUCCUCUGCAGGAGGGAAAGUUCUGCGAAAGAAAAGAGCAUCCCUGUCCCCAGGAAGAGGCGCACGUUGAGAUAUCGGGGUGGUUCCGGGCAAGAUUGUGUAACUUACUGUGAGUUAUGCAUGUCAUCCAACGCACGUGCCAUGACGGAGCAGGGGUAGCAUGUUGGUGGGGGAGCCCAGGACAAACACACACGGGUAUGUUUGAAAUUAUUCCAAAUAAAAUGUUCAGAAAAACACGAUGGUAAAUGAGCACACGGAAGGAUGGCGUUGUCUUUGGUCACGGAACCACGAAGCAGAGCCACAGCAGUAACGCCACCUCCUGCCACCUGCUGGGCGGCGUGGACGUACCAUGGGGACAGCACGCUGAGUGCAAGAAGUGGGGGCUCAGAAGGACACCUGGUGUGUGCAGUGGGGAGCCGGGAAGCAUAACGACACUGUGGGGAGGGGCUGGUCGUGGGCACGGGGCUCCUUUGGGGUGAGGACAGUGCUCUGAAGCAGAUAGUGGUGGUGGUUGCCCAACACUGAAUGUGCUAAAUGCACUGAAUUGUUCACUUUAGAAUGAUCGACUGUGUUACAUGAGUUUUCCCUCAAAACACAGUGUUUCUAUUUUAUUUUUAAAGAUUUUAUUUAUUUAUUUGACAGAGACACAGCGAGAGAGGGAACACAAGCAGGGGGAGUGGGAGAGGGAGAAGCAGGCUUCCCGCCGAGCAGGGAGCCCGAUGCGGGGCUCGAUCCCAGGACCCUGGGACCAUGACCUGAGCCAAAGGCAGGCGCUUAAUGACUGAGCCACCCAGGCGCCUCUCAAAACACAGUGUUUUUAAAAGUGAUGCUCAGCUCAUCUUGAUUUUUGUUGGGUUUGCGAAGGGCUCAUGUGGGUAGCAAGGCCCAGUAGCUCCUUGUCUGCAGGAUCAGCCCGUCCUGCCCAGAAACCCUGUGUGUGGUUGGCGGUUCAUGUGGAGGGGCGGGCGGCAGCGCCCCUGGUGGUGCGGGGCUGACCCCUGCUGUGCCCUUGGGGGAGGGGCGCUGAUGGGCCCAGAGUGGCUCUGCCCUUGGCCCUGCGGUCCGCUGGCUCCUGGGUGUGUGCAGAGCUCCUCCGUGGUGAGGAGGUCCUACAGGUGGGAAGGGCCUGAGGGUCUCUGUCCCCAGAGGCAGAGAGGCCUGUAAGUGCCUCGGAGCGCUCUCCAGGAAUAACGGGGAUAUAGGAAGACCGGGAACACCCUCCCCCUCAGAAGGUGCUGCUUGUGUUGGAACGCAGGUCCGCACCUCGGCGGGGGUGGGCCGCGCUCUCGACAUGGGGGUCUCAGAGGGCCAGGUCAGGUCCCCGCACACCAACUGGGGAGCAGAGUCCAUGAGAAGCAGCUGACCGGAGCAUCUGGAAACCAGAUCUACCCCAGACGUCAGCCAUGGCGUUGGCAGGGAGAAGUCCUUCAUCUCUGAGCCUGCGGUCUGGGCCGCCCCGUCUUCACGCCCCCCCCCCCCCCCGGGGUAGUCGGCUGCGGGGAGGCUUAUUUCCGUCCUGCAGAUGUUGACGCCAUGCUGUCACCCAGACACCCUCUCACCGUGCGGCCUGCCCCGUAUCCCACACCCCGAGUCCUCCGGGACCGGGCUGGAGCCCUGCUGUGCUGGGGGGUGCUCAGGCACGUCUGGUCCUCCCAGACGUCACUGGUGGGGGCCGGUCCCGGGUCUGUGGAGUCAUGAUUACGCCCCGGCCAGGAGCCCUCUGCUCGGGGCGGGGUGGGGGUGGGGCUGCUCUGAGUGAGAGCUGCUCCGGCUGCAGGCCCUGCCUCCUGGCCUUCGGGGUGUGACUGGGGCUUUUGUGCCUUUGGAGACUAAGUGGACAGUGUGAGGGACUGUGGUCCGCCCACCAGUCCGUUCUCAGCCCCCCCGAGGAGCUCCGCCACCAGCCCACAGGGAGGCGUGUGCCGUCUGGGCCCCGCCUCCCCCAUGCGCUCCCCUGACCCCGGGCGGGGCGUCCUGGAGGCAAGGGAGGUCCUUGGGUGUGUGGUGGGCAAGCUGGGGAGGGGCGGGCAGAAGCCUGUGGACAGAGGCUCGUCUCCCCGGUGGUGCAGGGAGGCUGCAGUGGGGGCUGGGCUGGGGUCCUGGCUGCUGAGCGGGUGUGGGGCGCUCACACAUGUGGGUCCUUGGCCUCCGAAAGAACCUGGGGUUGGGGGGGAUGAGGGCUGCCCCCACACAGAACACUG